AAACUGGUGCGGGCUCAUCUUUGGGGGAGACAUGUCUCUGAGUCUGAGACACCACACCAGAGGCAUAGUGCAGCAGGACGAUGCUAACUAUGAAGUGGGUGCAGAGGAUGCAGACUCAAGCUGCUCCUCAGGCCAGUCCACCUCCUCCAGGUCAAGCAAGGGAUACAGCAGUAGGACAGGCAGCAGCAAAGACUCUCAGGGGUCAUGCACCCAGUCAGACUACAGGGAGGAGGCUGACACUACUGCAAAUAGGACCCUUGCCCUCUCACCAAGCAAGUGUAGUCCAUCAUUGUAAAUAAGAAUUUGUUCUUAACUGACUUGCCUAGUUAAAUAAAGGUUAAAUAAAAAAUAUAAAAAAAUAAGCCAGGUCUAAGCAUGAAGACAGCGAAAGCACAAAGUAUGUGAUAUCAAUCUGAUAUUUCAUAUCUUCUCAUUACUACAGACAGCCUACCUAUAAUGACAUAAGUGUAGGCCUAUAGGCCGAGAUGGUUUGCAGCAUAUUCCCAUGUAAGCAUCACACUUAGGUGCCUUUUUCCUCUCAGCUCAAAACAAGGGAGGGCAGUGGUGCAAAAAGAAGAAAAACACUCAUUCAAGGAACCGCAAGGCCCCUCUCUUCCCUCCAAUCAAUCCCCUGGAGGGACCAAACCAGCGCAUCAGGUCUGCCAACAGGCACCGCAUCAAGGAACUCAACAGCCAAGUGUGGGAGCUACAGCAGCAGCUGAGUGGUGUCGCCACAGAGAACAAGCUGCUGAAGCAGCUCCAGGGCCGCCACACGGUGGCGCUACAGCGCUUCCAGGACUCACAGAGUGGCCUUCCCCAGGUAUGCUGCAGCAAAAAAAUGUCUGGCUUGAAUAAUUGAUCUAUAACACAGCUAUAACAAACUCAUUAUCAGCUAACAACAAUAAUCUGAUCUUGCAGUAUUGGCUAAGGUCAUAAUGUUUUGCACCCACCCACACCGUCAGGUUCUGGCCAAGCACGGCAACGAGGUGCAUGCUCUGCAGGAGCUCCUGUGUAAAGCCCGCAUCCGCCGCAACAGUCUGUCCAGGCGUCUGAGGGGCAUGGAGGAGGAGCUGCUGCGCACUAAGGACGCUCUGCACCGGCUGCAGCUGCUCAGCGAGGACCACAGCAUGGAAGAGAGGGAAGAGCUGAGCCACAGGCUGGCCCUGAUCACUGUGGACCUAAACAGGAAGAACAAGAGAAUACAAGUACAGUACAUGCAUUCACAUGGCAGGGCUGACUCCAUGUUCACAGGCCAGGUGGAUGUCUGUAUUGAAACUGAUUGGGUUUUCAACUCUGUCCAUCUGUAUUGGUCUUCUACGGGGAGACCAAUAUACAGUGGGGGAAAAAAGUAUUUAGUCAGCCACCAAUUGCGCAAGUUCUCCCACUUAAAAAGAUGAGAGAGGCCUGUAAUUUUCAUCAUAGGUACACGUCAACUAUGACAAAUUGAGAGAAAAAAUGCAGAAAAUCACAUUGUAGGAUUUUUUAUGAAUUUAUUUGCAAAUUAUGGGGGAAAAUAAGUAUUUAGUCACCUACAAACAAGCAAGAUUUCUGGCUCUCACAGACCUGUAACUUCUUCUUUAAGAGGCUCCUCUGUCUUCCACUCGUUACCUGUAUUAAUGGCACCUGUUUGAACUUGUUAUCAGUAUAAAAGACACCUGUCCACAACCUCAAACAGUCACACUCCAAACUCCACUAUGGCCAAGACCAAAGAGAUGUCAAAGGACACCAGAAACAAAAUUGUAGACCUGCACCAGGCUGGGAAGACUGAAUCUGCAAUAGGUAAGCAGCUUGGUUUGAAGAAAUCAACUGUGGGAGCAAUUAUUAGGAAAUGGAAGACAUACAAGACCAUUGAUAGUCUCCCUCGAUCUGGGGCUCCACGCAAGAUCUCACCCCGUGGGGUCAAAAUGAUCACAAGAACGGUGAGCAAAAAUCCCAGAACCACACAGGGGGACCUAGUGAAUGACCUGCAGAGAGCUGGGACCAAAGUAACAAAGCCUACCAUCAGUAACACACUACGCCGCCAGGGACUCAAAUCCUGCAGUGCCAGACGUGUCCCCCUGCUUAAGCCAGUACUUUUUGGUUAAAAACUCAACUCGUCGUGUUUGGAGGACAAAGAAUGCUGAGUUGCAUCCAAAGAACACCAUACCUACUGUGAAGCAUGGGGGUGGAAACAUCAUGCUUUGGGGCUGUUUUUCUGCAAAGGGACCAGGACGACUGAUCUGUGUAAAGGAAAGAAUGAAUGGGGCCAUGUAUCGUGAGAUUUUGAGUAAAAACCUCCUUCCAUCAGCAAGGGCAUUGAAGAUGAAACGUGGCUGGGUCUUUCAGCAUGACAAUGAUCCCAAACACACCGCCCGGGCAAUGAAGGAGUGGCUUCGUAAGAAGCAUUUCAAGGUCCUGGAGUGGCCUAGCCAGUCUCCAGAUCUCAACCCCAUAGAAAAUCUUUGGAGGGAGUUGAAAGUCCGUGUUGCCCAGCGACAGCCUCAAAACAUCACUGCUCUAGAGGAGAUCUGCAUGGAGGAAUGGGCCAAAAUACCAGCAACAGUGUGUGAAAACCUUGUGAAGACUUACAGAAAACGUUUGACCUGUGUCAUUGCCAACAAAGGGUAUAUAACUAUUGAGUAUUGAGAAACUUUUGUUAUUGACCAAAUACUUAUUUUCCACCAUAAUUUGCAAAUAAAUUCAUAAAAAAUCCUACAAUGUGAUUUUCUGGAUUUUUUUUUCUCAUUUUGUCUGUCAUAGUUGACGUGUACCUAUGAUGAAAAUUACAGGCCUCUCUCAUCUUUUUAAGUGGGAGAACUUGCACAAUUGGUGGCUGACUAAAUACUUUUUUUCCCCACUGUAGGUGGACAUGGUCAAUACAGUUAGGGAAAGGGGGAUUCCUAGUCAGUUGUACAUUGGAAUGCAUUCUACUGAAAUGUGUCUUCCGCAUUUAACCCAACCCCUCUGAAUCAGAGAGGUGCGGGGGGCUGCCUUAAUCGACAUCCACAUCAUCGGCGCCCAGGGAACAGUGGGUUAACUGCCUUGCUCAGUCAUACAAAAGUUAUACUUAAAUCCAAACUGGUUCUCAAGCAAAUUAGUAAGAUUGUCUCACCCAAUGUUCAAGAAAGGCCUUUUUCCCUUUAUUCAGAUUACAACCUCUCACUUUCAGUUAUUUGAAAAGGAAAUAAUCUCCCAAAUGUCACUAUUUCUAAAACAAGCCAUAGAAAGUUGGUUGCAAUUUCAAUUUAAUCCUCCAGAAACGACAGAACAAAUAAUGCAACAAAUAUUGUGGUUAAAUUCAAAUAUACUAAUUGACAAAAAACCUUUAUUUUUUGACAGAAUGUUUAAAAAAGGUAUAAUCUUCGUAAAUGAUAUCAUCGGUAGGACUGGUGGAGUUAUGACGCACAUGCAGCUAACAAAAACAUAUGGAAAUGUCUGCUCUACCCAAAAUUACAACCAAAUAAUUGCAGCCUUACCGCAAAAGUGGAAGAGGAAAGUGGAAGGGGGAGAAAGUAAGGAACUUGUCUGUCGGCCUUACAUUAAAGAACAUAAUUGGUUAAGGAAAACUGUGAUAAAUAAAAAAGUAUAUCAGUUUCACUUAAGGACCAAAGGAUUGACAGCCGUCCCAUAUAGAUUGCAAAAUAGUUGGGAAGAGAUCUUUGACGUACCGAUCCCAUGGCAUAGUGUUUAUGAACUGACACGCAAAACGACACCGGAUUCAAAAAUUAGAAUCUUUCAAUUUAAAUUAUUAUAUAAAAUUCUUGCUACCAAUAGAAUGUUAUUUAUAUGGGGGAUACAAUCUUCCCAGCUCUGCAGAUUUUGCUGUGAAGAGACAGAAUCAUUAGAUCAUUUGUUUUGGUUCUGUCCAUUUGUAGCUUGUUUUUGGACACAGGUCCAGGAAUGGCUAAAGGAUUGCAAUAUUUACCUGGAACUAACCUUGCAGAUAGCAUUACUGGGUGAUCUGAAAAGUCAUAGUCAAUCAAUCAAUAAUAUAAUAAUACUUUUAGCAAAAAUGUUUAUUUUUAAUUCACAAUCUGUAGAAGCAAUGAGAAUAGAAAGGUUCAGAACUUUUGUAAAACAUCACAGUACGGUUGAAAUAUAUAUGGCAAAUAGAAAUCCUAUAUGGAUGGGGUUAAGAGAUAGAUGGGAGGUAUUGAAUAGAGUUGAAGGAUGGGACUAAUAACAAAUAACAACAAAUAAUAACAAAGAUAGCUAAUAAUGUAAGCAUACUGUGUCCAUAAUAAGUAUAUAGGUUGUAUGUUGGGAGCUUUUGGGAAAGAGCACAGUUAGAAAGAUAUGGCAUAUAGAAGCAAACCGGAUGGACAUCAUGAAAAUGAUCGGAGAGGUUGAGAGUAGAAGAAGUUCAGGAGCAAAAUAUAUAUAUAUAUAUAUAUAUAUAUAUAUAUAUAUAUAUAUAUAUAAUAGAAUUAUUGUAAAAUUAACUCUGUCCAUAAGGUGUAGAUAGUAAGUAUAGACCGGAAGUAGAGGCCUGGGCAUUGUUGUUCACUAAUUUACUCCAAGUAGGGAAUGGAUGGUGGGGUUGAAAAGUAAUAAAGGGGAGUAUAUAUAUAAAAAUAUAAAAAUAAAAAUAAAAACAUGGGGGUUUGGAAGUGAUGCAGACAAUUACAUUGAUAGAAGAUACAAUCUAUCUGCAAUAUUAAGCUGAUCCAUUCCCCCUAAAAAAAGAAAAAAAGAAAAAAAGAAAAAUAAAUGAAAAGAAAAAAUAUAAAGAAAAAAAAAUGCCUUGCUCACGGGCAGAACGGCAGAUUUUUACCUUGUCAGCUCGGGGAUUCGAUCCAGCAACCUUUCGGUUACUGGCCCAACGCUCCUACCCGUGAAACGUAAAUAAAUUGUGUGUUGCAGGACUUGGAAAGGAAUCUUGAGCUGAGCCAGAUAUCCUUUAAUCGCCAUCUUUCCACAGAAACAAGGAAGACCAAUGAGGCCAGAGAGCUGUCCGAUUACCUCCAGGCACAGAUCAGUCUGUUGACCAAAAAAAUCAAAGUAAGUUUAUAAGGACUUGAGAGCAGCAACAUACACAGAGUGUAAAAAAACAUUAGGAACACCAUGACAGGUAAGUCUGUCAUGGAAAGAGCAGGUGUUCAUAAUGUUUUGUACAAUCUUAGUAGAUGUGGAGCAGUACUGUUGUUUGAAACAGUGGUAAUGUCAUUUAACUCGCAGUACUGCAAUGUAAACACAAGAGGGAGUCUAAUACAGCUGUAUUUCUGAAGGCAUAAUUGAAGGUUGAAGCGAAAUACCAAUUUUCCCGCUUGUAAACUUGCCUGGCUACCCAAACGCUACACGCAGUUAGUUUCUUCUCCGCAAUGUCUGGAUCUGAGUACCUCCCCGUUGAUUUCUAUAAUGCAAACACAUUCUAACCAUUCUGAUUGGUUAAAGAAACCAAUGGGUUGGGCCAGAGCCAGAACACACAUGGGUAAAACUGCGUUUAGAAAAUUAGUCAUUGGCUUUGAUAUUCUAAUUGGUUAGAGAUGAUCCAAUCGCUGAUUACUUUGUUUUGUACAACACCCCUCAUUUUGACGUCCCCACAAACUACUUAAACGAUGGCAGUCUCAGACUGAAGUAUUUGGCGAACAUAAGAGCAGCGGGCAAAUUCAGUUUGAGUCGUCAGGCAACUUGUAAACCUGGCUGGUAACAGAUAUCAGGAUGAUAACACUACAUUUGAGAAAUUAACAUUUAUUGUACAUAUUGCAUUCUUGAGAAAUGGCUUACUGACGCAUUUAACACAAAAUAUAGGAAAGAGAGAGAUAAUUGGAGAUCCACAAUAUCUACUCACAUAGAUUUCCAAAAGGCUGGAACGGAAAAGGUACAAAGAUAUGAGCUACUUUUACUUUUAACAUGUUCAACCCAUGAUCAAGAUCAGACUUUGUUUUUACUUGAGGCUGAAUAUCUUUUGCCAUUUACAGGAGCAAGACAAACUAAAUCUGUUCAAACAGAUGAUUUAUCCUCUCUCCCCAUCGAGGCUCCAUGCCAACUUGAAUUAGAAUAUGCCAGUUCACUUGAGCAUCUGGAGAAGCAGAAGAGUUUGAGCUGGGUAUGUAAAUGAUUUCGUUCUCGCUAACAUUCUGUGCAGAAAGCUGUAUAAAAUAGAUAAUGGUAAAUAAAACAUUCAUUCAAUAUUGACAGAUAAAAGCAAAGAUUAACUACUUGAUAAAAGUGUGUGUAGUGAAUUCCUGUGUAAAGUUGAUAUCUUAUUUAUUUUUUUCAGGAGUCCUUUGCCAUCGACUUCACAGACAGAAGUGACGCAGCAGACACGUCAGUGGAUGACAGAGGAUCAAACGAUAAUGAAGAUUUUGCUGGUAAGGAUUUUUUUUUACUUUACUACAGCCUAUUGGGACUACCAAUGAACAGAUGCAAAGCUAAGGGGAUAUUGAGAAAAUAAAUGGUUAAAUUACAUUCUGAAGUGUCAGGUAUGUACUCUCCAGUCACAGAGUAUAUGCAAACAAGACAGCAAACACAAAAAACUCCCAAACAUUGGGACUAAUUAAAGCUCACUUGUCAUACUAAGUAACAGGACUGAAAUAACCUUUCCUGUGUCAUGUUAUAUCCCCAAAAAAGCCUAGGGAAUGACGGCAAGCAACUAUCAUAUUUAUCCACAGAGGAUGGAGAGCUGGAUGGUGAUUCUGAGGAGGAUCCACAGCUUCAGGAUGAGGAGGAUUGCCUUGCAGAGGAGGCAGCGAGUUCCCUGAAGGCUUCAGAAGGAGAGCAAACAGAGCCAUUUGAAAGCCAGGUCCGGUACACUCUGGAGGACAUUCUGAAUAUAGAACGUGCCAACAAGGCCCUCGAGUCCGCUCCCAGGACCAUCCAGAACCUACACAGUGGGAAGCCUGCCUAUACAAGCCAUACCCAAAGCCUGAGAAAGAGCCCUCCUAGAUACAUCAAGGGCCAGGCCAGGGUGGAGAACCAGGGGUCUGGGGCGUAUGAGCCUUCCUUUGUCACUCUACCAGCAGAGAAGUGCCAAAGGCGUGACACCACGGGCCCUCAACCGGAGGAUGGUGUAGUCCGCAGCAAGAAGAGCAGCUUGAUGAAAGAGCUUUUUGGCCAGGCCCCAAUCACUGAUCCAAUGGCCAUGCAGACAGGCAGAUCCAGAGUUCAAGGCACAGACAUGGACAGAAUGUCAUCUUACCAUACAGGAGACGCUAGCCCGGUCUCACCUGGGAGAGAGCCCAAUAUCAUUUUUGAU